AUACCUUUGCUGAUCCAGACGACAGCCUCAACCUGCUGAACCCAGUCCACUGAAGACACGCAGAUCUCUAGUCCUCCUCUGCUGCCAUGGCCAAGCGAAAGUCUAAGAAGCCGCAGGAACAAGACUCCUCCAUUGUGUUGGAGUCUCCAGUUUCAAAGCCUAAGGAAAGCAUGAACACCUCCAAGGAAAGCAUGAACACCUCCAACGAAAGCAUAAACUGCUCCAAGGAUAGCAUAAACUCAUCCAAUGGAAGCGUAAACGUAUCCAAUGAAAGCGUAAACGUAUCCAAGGCAAGCGUUAACACGUCCAAGGGAAGCUUUAACUCUUAUAGUUCACCAGCGUUGUUGUUCAUCAUUGUGUUCACAGUCGGUGCCUCUAUAAUGGGUUGGUUUUGUGUAGAAAAUCAGCAAAGUGUCGAGCAACUGUCGGAAACCUUUACAUCAAUGCAAAAGAAAAUCACCAACCUGCAGCGGGCGGUGGAGAUAUCGGAAUCAUCACAGACAUAUACAGGUUUUGAUGUGGAGGAAAGGAUAUUUGCCCUGGAGAAGGCUGAGGUUGCCCUGGCCACGUCAGAGAAGUUGAGGUGUUCGGAGCAUGUGUCCCUAAAUGCUGAGCUGGACACCCGAAUGGCCGAGUUAGAGCAGGUCACCCUGUCCGUCACAACUCUCCAGGCUAUAUUCAAAAACCAGAGUGAGGAGUUUGAGGCUGUGAAGGAGAGCGUAGCUGCCGGUUUGAGCUCCAGCUCAGCACUGGCUGAAAAUGUGGCUGAGCUGACCAAUGCUGUGGCUAGUGCAUCCUCCAAAGUUGACGAGCAGGAUGUAUCAUUGGCCUUCCUUAAUGUACAGCUAAAGGGACAAGCCUCAGAUCUGAAUGAUAUUAAAGAGUUGAUGCACCUCCAUGAUGCUGCCCUUCAUACAAGCAACCAGGAAGUGGCUUCAAUAAAGGAGAAUGUCAAGACUAAGCAGGUCAUGCAUGCCUUGGCGUUAGAGGAGAUGCUCACUUCUGUGCAGGUUAUUUUGGAUGAGCAGUUUGACACUACCACGACCCUCCGCACCAGCAUCAUGGCUCAAAUGCAGACUUUUAACGGCCAGUUGGGGAAUGAUCCUUCUAGGUCAGUGAAUCUCGAUGAUGAUGAGGCCGAACUUGAAGCAGAAGAGUUACUCGCCACCACUGUAAAGGAUGCCACUGAGGUGCAGGCAAAGCUAGAAGACGUAGAGGAUAAGGAGGAGGGAAUGCAGGAAGAACAGCCACUUGGACAGGAAGUAGAGAGUGACAUUACAGAGGAGCAGGAGGAGGGAAUGCAGGAAGAACAGCCACUUGGACAGGAAGUAGAGAGUGACAUUACAGAGGAGCAGGAGGAAGAAGAAAUUACUCAAGAAGAUGAAUUCACAGAACAGGAGCUUUUGGAAGUGAUUGCUUUGGAAGAGGAUGUUUUCAAAAACAUUUUUGAAGAAGAAGAGUCGGAUGACUCAAAUCAGGAGGUCUCCAUGGAUGUAAAUGAGGAGGAUGGGUAGUUGUACUUGAAAUGGUUCAGUAAAUUAUUAGUCUUAUUGAGAUGCAUGGAAACCAUUUUUUUUUUUUUACACUCCGCACACUUUCUUGCAAUUGAUUUAUAGUGUUUGUUAUAUUCUACUUGGGUUUUUCUAAACAUUACUAAAAACUUGAACCAUUUUGUAGAACUUUGAUAAAUAUUUAUGUAGUCUUAUGUCAGUCAUAUUUGAGGUUAAUAUACAUAUGGUCUUGUUGUACGAUCUGUUUCUGAAUGGGCAUUUUGAAAGAUACAUUGGGGAAAAAAAGAAUGGAAAAUCUAUAAACUGUAUUUCAACCGUUUACACAUGACAAGAUUAAGCUAUGAAAUGUCAAUUGUUUUUUGCAAUAUGAAAGAGGAAACAAAUGUGACUGUACUUGCAGCUUGUAAUUUAACACAAGGGCACGCACGUGUAGUGCCUCUCUCCAUAGAGUUAUUUAUGGUUCAAGUGCACAUGCUGUACAUGUGGGUACAGUACAUAUGAUUCGAUUGGUACAUACUGUUCUCUUGUCAUGAAGCUCUUUUGUAAAAAGGUUAAAGUACUAUUUUCUGCCAGCAGAUGGUGCCUGAUAACUCCUAAUGAUAAGGAAUAAUCAACAACUCUGAAAGAGGAACCAAAAAACUAUUUUUAAAAAAGAAACGAGAAAUCUAAGGGUUAAGGAUUCUUUUUCUUGGUUUUGAGACUAUUGAAAGGGAAAUUCUGCUUGCAGCAACACAUGUCUUCCUAAAUUAGCCUUCUCAUGUUGUGUAGACAGCUACCGAUCUGUGACACCCUGUCUAAACUUAAACUGACAAACGGCAACCACAUGAUGUCCAAAGGAAAUGGCCCUUCGGUUUGCCAUGAGGUUACUUAAGGAAGAUGUGAAUAAAUACUCAAGUUUGGAAAGAGAA